UCUUUAUAUUACUCCUCUAAGUUUUAUUGAACUGAACAUCAGAAAGGAGGCACAUGAAUCUCACCUCUCCCUCCUGGUCUAAUUGACUUUGCUUCACUGAAAAUAAGAGUUAAAGUUUAUGGCCAACAAUACCUUGUUGAUCAUACGUGCAAAUUAAAUAAUUAAUAUAAGUAUUAAUAUAAAAUUGUUACCAUAUCUAUGGAACAUUCAGAAAUUAAAUCAGAUAAACCUGUGGUAAUCUAUGGAGGUGAUUAUUGUCCAUAUUGCCAUAAAUUAAAGCGCUUUUUGGAGACUAAAAAUAUACCUUAUGAAUACAGAGACAUCACAAAGGAGAAGGAACACGAAAAAUAGGUGAACGAAUUCGUAGUUAAAUUGAAGUGGAGCACAAUUCCAAUGGUAUUCAUUAAAUAAAGGUUUGUUGGUGGAUACACAGACGUAGUGAAUUUGGACUAGAAGGGAGAAUUGGAGAAAUUAAUAAAAUGAAGAUUUGGAGAUGAUUAUUAAAAAUCAUAAAUUAUAAUUAUUCUAUUGUUAUUCUCA